AAUAUCCCAAGCGGGACGUCCAUCGGUGAAGAUGGACUUCCCUACAUAUCGCUUCAGAAUUUCGGAGACGCACGUUAACAUAAGACCGACACUCUGACGGACGGCCAAAAAUUUUUUAUAUAUUUAUUUAUUUAAAACAAGCAUCAUACAUCAGGUUCAUACAUUGGUGACAAUAGUUUUCGUAUUCACGUGCUUGAGAAGUACUUGGCUGUUAUAAAAAAUAAAAAGAAAAAAAAGAGUUUUAGUGUUCUUUAGUGCGAACUGUUCAACUUUGACUUACCAUACUGUGAAUGUGUACGCAAGUAAAUCAAUCGGGAUAAUUCUCACGAAUUAAUUGCAAGUAAUUAAUUGCAAUAAGUGCAUUCGCGCGCCAGCAUAGAAGUCACGAUGGUCAAGAACUCUGCUUAAUGGUGGAUUAUCGGAACGACAAAAUGUUGGGCAGCGAGGAGGAACUCGAGCCUCAAACACAUUCGGGAAUGACGAAAGCGGAAUUGAGGAGGAGCAACAAACCGAUUAUGGAAAAACGGCGACGCGCUCGAAUUAAUCAGUAUCUCGAUGAGCUAAAGAAUUACAUCCUCGUUAGUGAAAAAGAUCCAACCAGACACUCGAAACUCGAGAAGGCCGAUAUCCUCGAAAUGACGGUGAAGCAUAUACAAACGAUGCAGCGGCAGCAAUUGAGUACCGCCGUCGCCAACGAUCCGGUGGUGCUAACGAAAUUCCGUUCCGGAUUUUCCGAAUGUGCUACCGAAGUAUCGCGAUACAUCAGCCGCCUCGAGAACGUCGACCCUGCCAUCAAGCAACGAUUGGUAUCACACUUGAACAACUGCGUGAGCCAUCUCCAGCAAAUGGCGCCAUUCUACAGUCAGUACGUGCCCUACAUGCCGGAACGCCUCUACCCGGAGGUAAAGGUUGGUUUCCAGAGCGAUUUCCAGAAUGGGGAUGAGAAUAACAACGGUAGCGCGAGAAUACAGAUACCGAACGGGGUCCAAUUGAUUCCGAGUCGACUGCCGACGGGCGAAUUGGCAUUCCUGGUGCCGCAAUCCGCCGGAAUCUCGGCGAAUUUUCCCUUCUUUCCACCGGCCACGGACGCAUCUGCAAGAAUCGGUCAAUCGUCGGCUUUUACCGCGGUUCACCGGCCGCACACCCCGCUGCUGAGCCCUUCGACGUCCACGUCGAGUUACGGCGAUGAGAGUCAUCAUUCGGAACAUCCACGGGCAACGACGCCUAACCAUCAUCAGCCGCAACAUCGAUUCAAAUUACCCGAGCAGAGCCCUGCGUCCUCAAAGAGCUUCUCGUCCUCGCCGGAGACCCAGAAACCGCAAAUUAGCUCGACUAGCGACCGAAAGUCACCCGCAACGGCAUUCUUGGAAUCUAAGGCCGUGGACGAUAAUGUCGCAACCAAAAAAGACGUCGCGGAGAGUUUGGACAAUGCCACUCAUGCAAACGGUACUGCGAUGCACAGUCUGCGACAACCGCUUUCCGUGAUUACGGACAAGACUUACAAUCGCGCCUCAAGUGGCUUGCUGCUCAAGAGAGACGGUCUUAGGAAACGUCAUUCCGACGGGCUUUUGGCGAUCUCGGAUAAGAGACCGAGAUAUCAAGAACCCACUAGUUCGACCGCCUCGAUGAGUAAUACCGACGUGCUUAAAAGCACAAAUGAGCCAUCUCCCGCAAUUCCUGGCCAAGAUCUGCCAGGAAAUCAGAAUUGCCAGACAUCGCGAAACUGUAAUUCAAAUUCCGAGAAGUUUCCAACGAGCCCAGCAGGUUCUUUUGCUGCUAAUGGCGAUAUGUGGAGACCUUGGUGAUCAUUAUUACUAAAAAUAAAUGAUUAAAAAUAUUCCGAAAUUGAACGAUUACUUAGAAAUAUUUAGUACAAAGAAAUAAAUUAGAUAUAUUUGGAUGUAUCUAAAUACAACUUUCAAAUUACAAUUGAUUGGCGUGCCAUGAGAAUAUCAUUUUAUAUAUUUCAUUGGCUAACGAUUUGAUUAAAUCACGAAUAAUUAGAAAAAUACAGAAUUUUUGCGUGAUAUGUAUUAUGUAUUUCUCCGUAUUUUAAAUUCUAGCAAGUUAAAGAAUAGUUUAAAGAUAAACAAGCUCAUAUCGAUAGUAAGAUGGUUUCGUGCCAAAGCGUGAAAUUGAUUAUAUAUUUUCUGAGCAAGAUUGUUAAUGUACUUUAAUGCAUCGUUACGCUGCAUCUUCGCCAUUUCAUAAAGACUCGUAAGCUUUAAAUAGAUUAAACAAUAUUCCAUUAAGUCUGUCACAAUGCGUAAUAUGUGAAUACCCCUGUAAAUAUGCCCAUUUAUUAUUUAAUUAAUUAAAUAUAUAAUUUUAAUCAAUAUUAUAUGAGUGAUGAUUAUUUUUCAAUGAUCUUUAACGAUGGUCAGUAUUGUCAAUUAACACGUUCACUGCUUCGUGGAUCUUGAUAUACUCCGCAAAAAAAUAAAUAAAUUGAAAGUCGCAUACACUAUUUAAAAUUAAGAUAAUUUUUUACAAAUGUUUGUAAUUAAAUGAGCUCUCGAUCCAUGAUAUGAAGUAGAAUUUUUUAAGUUUUGUUAGUUGCACUUUAUUCGUAUAUUAAUGCAACAUAUUAGAGUAUCACAGCGGCGGCGGCUAUCGUUCAUGGCAUUCAACGUGUUAAAAUGAUGUAACGAGUUUGUGAUAAAAAAAAAAAAUAUAACGUUGAAAUACAAUGACUUUGAAAAAGA